AUGGCGUACCCUGACGGAUUAGGCGGCACUCCAAACAGACUCUCAUAUUUUCAUAUAAGCCUUCUGGAUAAAAGGCCCGACCGGCCUCUGCGCCGCGCCUUCUCUGACCUCCGUCCCGAGCCGACGCGGCCGCCCCCGAUCUCCGUCGCGACCACGCCGCGACCGUCGCCCGCCCAGGCCUUCGCUCCGCCCGGCGCACCGCUGGUCCCCUUCCCCGACUGCCGCGGCUCCCUGCCCCAACCUCCGUCCCAACGCGGCCUCCCCCAACCUCCGUCCGGAUCGCGCCGCCCGACCGCGACCAUCCACCCGCCCAGGCCUCUGCGCCACCCCGCCGGAGUGGUGCUUGAGGAAGUUGCCCACCCAGUGUUCGAUGACUGGGAUGAGGAAGUGCAGUAUGGAUUCGAUUCACAUGGCUUGUUGCAGCAGUUAGCUCAGUGGACUGGCGAGCAGAUGCAGUGCAAUCAGGUCUCGUUGAUGGCGUCAGUCAUGUUCGAGGAAAUGCAUCAAGGUGCAGAGGACUUGAUUGGCAAGGAAAAGAAGGCAACCGCGGAGUUCAGUCGCAUCAGGUGUCUUUGUUUAGGUUUAGCCGCGGAUUCCUAAAAUCUGAUUUCUAAAUUAGAUGUGGGAAAGUUGUUGUGAGCUGAUAGCUGUGUGAAAGCUGAAAGCUGUUUGGCUGAAAUAACUGUGGAUUUCUGUAAAAAAAUGUCUUUUAUAUUCCUGAGAUCGCAUAAGGCUGUUUACAUGCUAA